UGAGGCUACCGCCUCAUGACUAAGGGAGGUGUGAGCGCUGCGGCCCCUAGGUAUGUGGCGUCUCACGUUGCCGCUGUGGCGGGGGGCGUGCGGCGCGGCCGUUGCUCGCGCGCAGAGCGGGCGGUUAACGGUCGCCGCGUUGUUCUCAGCGCCGAGCGGGAGCCCCGGCGGUGGGUACGAGUGGCUGGCGCAGUCGGCGCCCGUGCACUGGGCGGAAAAUGGACUGGUGGCGCUGCAGGCGGCCACGGGGCUGCCUUGGUGGGCCGCCAUCGUGUGCGGCGCCGCCCUGCUCCGCACAGCCGUCACCUUGCCGCUCGCCGCGCACCAGGGCCGGCUCCUGGCCAAGUUGGAAAAUUUGCAGCCUGAGAUUAAAAAGCUAGCUGAGCACCUUCGCUAUGAAGUUUCUGUUCAUGGAAGGCAGUUGGGUUGGUCUGAAAAGGUUGCCAGGUUCCAUUUUAAGAGAAACCUACGAAGGAUUAUUACAGAACUCUACAUUCGAGACAACUGUCAUCCCUUCAAAGCUACUUUAUUGGUGUGGGUGCAGAUUCCUAUGUGGGUUAGCGUGUCCCUCGCUUUGUGCAACUGCAGUGUUGGUACCAUGGACUCAGAAGUUCAAGAACAGUUUUCAGCAGGUGGAGUGUUGUGGUUUAGAGAUCUCACGGCACCAGAGUCCACAUGGAUCUUGCCAGUUGCCCUCGGGCUCAUGAAUUUGCUGAUAGUGGAGAUCUUUGCUUUGAAAAAGCAGGAAGUUUCCAGGUUCCAGAAGCUUGCUACUAAUUUCUUUCGAGUGUUGUCAAUAGUGAUGAUCCCUGUUGCUGCAACAGUCCCUUCUUCCAUGGCGUUGUACUGGUUUUCCUCAAGCUUCGUGGGACUCUCACACAACCUGUUGCUGUGUUCUCCAACCUUUCGUCGACUGUGUUUCAUACCAAGGACCAAAUCUGACUCGGAGACUCCUUACAGGGAUAUUGUGUCUGCCUUCACUACCAAAUACAAUUUCAAGAAAUGAUGUAAUUUGAAAUGUUGGAAGAGCUGUCCCACAAAAGUUGCAUGGGUAAUUAAGUAGUGAUAUUUUAUUUGAGAUGUACUUAUCUACUGUAAAAUGGAAUUAUAUUUAUUUUCCAAAUAAAGCAUUGACUAUCUGGUUGUAAAGAA